GCUUGGGGAUCUCGCCGCCCUGAAGAAGUUCACUCCACCGGGAUUCGACUGGACGCAAACUGACGACGAAUGCCCGCACUGCACCCCGCUUCAGGACGCGAUCGUGAAUGGCCUGAUCUGCCAAACAAAGCGCGAAUCGAGCCCCGCCAUGAUCGAGUGGAUGCUGCAGCAAGGUGCAGACCCGCAGCAGAAGUUCUCCACCUCAAAUACGACCUGGUCAACUAUGCUCUGGAAAAGAUCCGACACGGAAGGCAGCAAGACCAAGGUCACCGUCCCUUAUGCGGGGCAUUCCUCCAUCUCCUUUAUCCUGGCUUGGCUGAAAGCGCUGCAGGAAAGCAGCUUAGACUGGUCCAGCGCGCAGAGAUACCUGGAAGAGGUGAUGUCGCUCUUUGCUCAGAAUCCGGCACAGGAGUUCGUGACCGUCCAGCCAAGUUUUCUGGAUCAGUGGGAGGCGGUUCUGGAGAUGACUGACACACACAACGUGACCUUUGAGACGGCAGAUGGUGAAGUUACAGCUCAUGAUCACAUCUUGAUGGCAACAUCCCCUGUCCUGAGAGCAAUGUUGCAGUCGACCAUGAAGGAAGGUUCGAACAAGAGGGUUCAAAUCAAGGAUUCACCGAGUGCAGGGGUGUCGCUUUUUCUGGAGAUGCUCUACACCACGGCAACACGCACUGAGCCGGACUACAGAACUGUGCUGGCUGCCCUGGACUUGGCCCACCGCUGGCAGGUCCAGACCGUCCUACCGCUUCUAGAAAGCGGCCUCUUGGGCUUGCUUUCCGUCGACAGCUUUGCGGCCAUAGCAGAGGCGGCAGCCCUCAAAGGCCUGGAGAGGCUGCAGCGCAGCUGCGCAUCCUUUGGGACGAAGAGCACAGAAGUCCAAGACAUGCUGAAGAAAGGCUCCUUGCCUUCUGUGGUUUGCAAGCUGCUGGGCCAGCACACAGAAGUGAGCCUGGAGCAGCAGGCGCGCAAGAAGCGGAAGUUCUUUCAGUAG